CUUGUUAUUCGUAUAUUUCGUUGUACCUAUAUUAUUUAUUUGCUUGUGCUUGCACACUUUGCACAGACAGUUGGAGUAGUUGGACUGGGUUAGUUGGUUUGACCGUUUACAUAAUGCAUUUUAUUUAAAUUGUUUACGUUGAGUUUGUGCCAGGGAUAUAGUAAUUGUAUUGCGAUUUAGUCAGUGAGUCGUACGCGGUUGUAGCGAGUUGGCAGCAGUAGCAAGUUGUAUUGCAAUUAUGAUGCAGUAAUAAAAUAAUUUUACAAUAGCUUUAUUUACUUACUAGAAUUUAAAGAGUUGACUUCUUGUGGUUGUGGUCCGUAUAUAUUAUAUACUAAAGUUUGUCCAAGCAUAAUUUUCAAUUUACUUCAAUACAUUUUUUAAUAUAUGAAAUGUCUACUAUUCUAAAUGAAGACUUAGUUCGUAAUUUAAUUGCUAAAGCCGGCGUUCCACUAGUAUUUAGAAGUUUUAUAAAAGACUGGCCUCUAUGCCAAUGGGAUAAGGAAAAAUGGUGUUCCGUAUUUGGAGAUAAAGAAAUUCCUUUCCGAUGUAUGAAAAAGAAUUUUAUGUCCGAUGAGCCCUGUUGGGAGAGAAGAUCUACAAAGAAGAAAAUGACUUUCAAAAGUUUUGUAGAUAACUUGCAGAGUAGUGAAGAGUGGAUGUAUUUUGAUUAUAAAUAUAUGCAUCAAUGGUUUAAUGGAGAUAGUGAUUUGUCUAAGAAUGUAUCAUGGAAACAGUUUGGUUGUGCAGACAAGGGUAUAGCAGACAGCACCCUGUGGGUGGGGAGCAGCGGGGCCCAUACCCCCGCACAUAAGGAUACAUAUGGUGUCAAUAUAGUUGCUCAGUUGCAUGGCAAAAAAAGAUGGAUUCUGUUUCCUCCAGAGACCGGUGGGCUGAAACCCACAAGAGUUCCAUAUGAGGAGUCCAGUGUCUACAGUGAACUCAACUUCUACUGCCCUCUCAAUCUGGAACCUUUCAGUGGUUUAGUAGGAGGUAGAUUAGUGGAACUUAAUGCGGGUGAUGCGCUCUUUGUGCCCCAAGGUUGGUGGCAUUAUGUGCAAAAUGUAGAUCCUCUCAACAUUACCAUGAAUAUUUGGCUACCACACGAAAAGGACACUUCAACGCAAAUUUCGGAGGCCCUUAUCAAAAUAUUUGUUGCCCAAAUCUGCAAGGAUUUGCCCCAAGAAACGGCAAAACUCAUUGUUAACCCUACAGAGGAUGACUUAUCAGACACGCCAUUGGCAGUAUUAUUCUUGCAACUAGAGACAGUUGCGAACACAUAUUUAGACAAUCGACGCAAGACGCGUCGUGCGAAACGACAGAAAACUUGCGAAGACGACUGUGCCGGCACCACCGUUACGCAGGAAUUCGACUUGAAAAGUUUACUUGAAAAUGAACUGAACCAUUUAGAAAUGGCUCAGAAUAUAACCAGUGAAGAUCUGAUUAAUAUAUUGAAAGGUAAUAUCAGAGUGUAUGCGAAUUCAGAGGAAGCGCCUGAUGAUGAAGAAACGGACGGUGCUACAUCUAGCAUGUGUCUCACUAAGGCCGUCAUAGACUCGUUCAGUCAGAGCAACGUCAUAGAGCUGGUGAAGCAGAAUCUAUUUGCUCGAUUGAGUUAAGCUUUUUCCAUAUGGUUUGUGAUUUAGGUUAGAUUAUGUAAGCACAACGCAAGUCUGGUGAUAAGUUAAAAGUGACUGCAAUAAUGUAUAUAAAAUGUGAUUUAUAGAUUUUAAACUUAUAGUAAUAUUCAUUUAUCAGUAGAAAA